GUGGAGAAAGGAAGACGUUGAAAAAAUGGCACGGGAAAGAAGCCCGUCAGCUUUAUGGCUUGUCUCUCAACCAAGUGUAACUCGAAAAAUGUGUCACAGAAUAUUCUUACUUUUAUGGUUACUUCAUUUUUCUUCGGUAUAUUCAGACAUAACCGACGGCAAUGCGGAGCACUUAAAGCGCGAGCACUCGCUCAUUAAGCCAUAUCAGGGUGUUGGAACAAGUCCCUCAAGUCAGUGGGACUUUUGGGGAAAUACUUUAGUAACCAGCCAGUAUGUGCGCCUAACUUCUGAUGAGCGGAGCAAACAAGGCUCUAUCUGGAAUACAGUGCCAUGCUAUUUGAAGGAUUGGGAGAUGCAUGUGCAAUUUAAAGUGCAUGGUUCAGGAAAGAAGAAUCUCCAUGGAGAUGGCUUUGCUGUCUGGUACACAAAAGAGAAACUACAUCCUGGGCCAGUCUUUGGAAACCAAGACCAUUUUGUAGGCCUGGCUAUUUUUGUGGAUACCUUCCGUAAUGACCUCCAAGGAAUGGAUCGCUCUUUUCCCUAUAUUUCUGCAAUGGUGAAUAAUGGCUCCCUUCCAUAUGACCAUGGGAAAGAUGGCCGGUCCACUGAAUUAGGAGGUUGCUCUGCAGAAGUCAGAAACAAAGACCAUGACACCUACCUGGCUAUUCGAUACUCCAAAGGUAGACUCACGAUUAUGGUGGAUGUGGACGACAGGAAUGAUUGGAAAGAAUGUAUUGAUAUUGGGGGCGUCCGCCUCCCUACAGGCUACUAUUUUGGGGCUUCUGCAGCUACAGGAGAUCUCUCUGACAACCAUGACAUCAUCUCUAUGAAGAUGUACCAGCUGAUGGUAGAACAUACUCCUGAUGAGGACAACCAGGAUUGGACGAAGAUUGAGCCCAGUGUCAGUCUCCUCAAGUCCCCUAAAGACAAUAUUGAUGAUCCAACUGGAAAUUUCCGAAGCACACCCCUCACUGGCUGGAAAGUCUUUCUACUUCUACUAUGUGCCCUGCUUGGAAUUGUGGUUUGUGCAGUUGUAGGUGCAGUGGUCUUUCAGAAACGUCAGGAAAGAAACAAGAGGUUCUACUAAAACACUCCAACAUGAUUUCAAAGAACUUUGGAGAUCAUAGGUGGAAAACGUAAAUGUGAUUUUUUUUUUUUUAAACAACUGUAUAAAUGUUUAUAUUAUUGAAGUGCUUGAUUGGAAGGAAAGCUGGUUUGCAUCUAAAGAGUAGGAUGCGUGGCUUCAAAGAAUUUCUUCUAUGUUGGCCUGUCUGAUUUUGGGUCUUGCAAGAUUGAUGCUUGUGAGCUGAAGUAUAGUAAAUUACACAUUUUGGUAACACUUUACAAUAAGGUUCCAUUCGUUAAAACUAGAUAAUUCAUUAGGUAUCAUGAACUAACAAUAAACAAUAUCUUUUUUUUUUACAGCAUUUAUUGAUUGUUGUUAAUGUUAGUUAAUAAAAAUGCAAUUGUUCAGUGUUAAUGUUAGUUUAUAGUACAUUAACUAAUGUAAACAUAUACAACUUUUGAUUUUAAAAAUGUGUUACUAUAUGUUUAAAUUAACAUGAACCAAGAUUAGUAAAUGCUGUAAACGUUGUGUUCAUUGUAAGUGUUCAUCAAAUGGAACCUUAUUGUUAAGCGUUACCCACAUUUUCAGUGCAGUUUUGCGUAGAACAUCUUUAUUUUGUGUAUGACCUGUAUACAACUUGAUUUAGUUCCGUUUAUACUUUCAUAUGUUUCCGGUGAUUUUAUUUUUAUUGCAUUGUUUUGAAAACUUUAUCUGCUUUGCCAUCUACGCAUUAUGGUUUUGUUCUGCUCGGGAGUACCAUUUUAUAAACUGUGUAAUUUACUUUUAAAGAGGAUUUUAAUGGACUGCACAAGAAAUCAAACUGAUGAAAAUGUGUUCUCAAAUUGAUCAAAUCAAUUUCAAUGCUAUUUCUUAUUUUCAAUAAGGUAAUGUCCCAUUUUUCCCAAGGUCUCCACAGCAAAGUGUAUUGAAUUUUAUUCCCAGUGUUAUAAUUUUUUUACUGAACAUACACCAAAAUGUGGUGGGUAUUCACUUAUGCAAGGACAAGAAUUCACUUGAUGACCUUUAAAAGAGUUUACAAAAAAAAGAUUUUGGAAUUUAUAUUUUAUCACUGCAGGAUAUCAGUAAUUCUGCCUGGGAGUUUUCACCUACAUCUCUUAAAUAAAAUUUUCAAAUUUUAUAUUUUUUAUUUUUAUUUUUUAUUUUUUACCUCUGCAUGGAGUAAUUGCAAUGCACUGAUUUAAAAUUGCUUCCAAGUUUCCAUAAGAAGUACAUUUUCUGUUAAAGAGCAAGCAGGCAAUGACUUUAAAGUGAUUCUUUUGGUGAGAAAAUAAAGCAGUUCUACCUGUGGACUUG